CACAGUAGAAAUGUUCUCCAGUGUGCAACAGGCAGACCGGAGAGUAUCGGGAAAGUGCCUCUGACCGGUCUCAUAGCGAGACAUGUUACUGCUGAAACCUUUGAGUAAGAAGUCUUAAAGUCACAUACCUGUUUUUAAAAGUCGAAUGCAUACUGUGAGAGUUCAAGUGUGGAAAGGAAAUAAGUUUAAAGAUGUCUGUCAGUAAUCACGAAAACCGAAAGUCAAGGUCUAGCUCUGGGUCUAUGAACAUUCAGCUGUUCCACAAGACAUCACAUGCGGACAGCCUACUUACCCACCUCAACCUUCUCCGCAAGCGACGGGUCUUCACGGAUGUGGUCUUGCGUGCUGGACAUCGGGCUUUCCCAUGCCAUCGGGCGGUGCUGGCCUCGUGUAGCCGCUACUUUGAGGCUAUGUUCAGUGGUGGCCUGAAGGAGAGCCGUGAUGCCGAAGUCAACUUCCAUGACUCUUUGCACCCUGAGGUUCUGGAGCUUCUGCUAGACUAUGCCUACUCCGCCCGGGUCAUCAUCAACGAGGAAAAUGCUGAGUCUCUGCUGGAGGCAGGCGACAUGCUCCAGUUCCACGACAUCCGAGACGCCACCGCAGAGUUCCUGGAGAAGAAUCUGCAUCCGUCCAAUUGCCUUGGGAUGAUGCUUUUGUCAGAUGCUCAUCAGUGCCAGAGAUUGUAUGAGCUUUCUUGGCGGAUGUGCCUAGCAAAUUUUGCUAAUCUGUACCACACGGAGGACUUCCUGAGCCUGCCAAAAGAUAAAGUCCAGGAGCUCGUUUUUAGCGAGGAGUUGGAGGUAGAGGAUGAAAGUAUUGUGUAUGAGGCUGUUAUUGACUGGGUAAAAGCAGAUAUCGGGAGGAGACAUCUUGAUCUUCCUGACCUUCUGCGGUGUGUUCGCCUCGCACUGCUCCCAGAGACCUACUUGCUAAAGAAUGUUGCAUCUGAGGAGCUUGUCAUGGGACACAAGGUGGGUCGUGAGAUUGUGGAAGACGCUGUUCGUUGCAAAAUGAAGAUUCUUCAGAACGAUGGAGUGGUCACAGGCUUCUGCGCCCGACCCCGGAAGGUCAGCCAAGCCCUUCUGCUUCUUGGGGGCCAAACGUUCAUGUGCGACAAAGUUUACAUGAUUGAUCACAAAGCAAAGGAGAUCACACCCAAAACAGACCUCCCCAGUCCUCGCAAAGAGUGUAGCGCUUGUGCCAUUGGCUGCAAAGUAUAUGUUACUGGUGGACGAGGGUCUGAAAAUGGGGCUUCAAAAGACGUUUGGGUCUACGACACCUUACAUGAUGAAUGGUCCAAAGCUGCUCCAAUGCUCGUUGCUAGAUUUGGUCAUGGCUCAGCAGAACUUGACCACAUCUUGUAUGUUGUGGGUGGACAUACAUCCCUUGCAGGAUCAUUUCCUGCAUCCCCAUCUGUGUCUCUCAAACAAGUGGAACAGUACAACCCACAGUCCAAUAAGUGGACGUUAGUAGCUCCUCUUCGAGAGGGUGUGAGCAAUGCUGCUGUUGUAGGCGCUAAAAAUAAGCUCUUUGCUUUUGGCGGGACUAGUGUCAACAGGGAAAAAUAUCCGAAGGUCCAGUGCUUCGACCCCUGCGAGAACAGGUGGACUGUCCCCACCACUUGUCCUCAACUCUGGCGUUACACAGCAGCGGCGGUUGUUGGCAACCAUGUUGUUGUCAUUGGCGGAGACACAGAAUUCUCCGCAAGCUCAGCUUAUCGCUUCAAUAGUGAGACGUUCCAAUGGACCAAGUUUGGGGAUGUCACUGCCAGAAGAAUCAGCUGUCACGCAGUGGCAUCAGGAAAUCGUCUUUAUGUGGUCGGGGGCUACUUUGGUGCGCAGAGGUGUAAAACAUUGGACUGCUAUGAUCCCUCUACAGACUCAUGGGACAGCAUAACUAGUGUGCCAUAUUCACUUAUACCAACAGCAUUUGUCAGCACCUGGAAAUACCUCCCAUCUUGAAGAAAAUAUGUCUCUUAUUUGAUCUUUAGCAUUCUCUGGUAUGCAGUGGAGUUAAUCCCCUCUCCCCCCUUGCACUGGAAACCAAGACUUAGGUCAGGGUGAAUGAUGGAAGUGGAUCCAUGGCAACCGGAGCCCAUCCCAGCUCACUUCACUUUGCCACGGCAAAUGUUCUGCUUGUAGCCAGAAAUGCAGAAAUACUGUGAACGGAUGUGCACAUAAACCUUUUCCACUAAUCAAGGGUGCAACUGCUUUAGUUUGCAUUUUUUUAAAUCUUGCUCACUCACAUGGAUCCUUUGUGUUCAUAAGUUAAUUAUAAACUCUUGCCUCUGGUUACUUAUACGCAUGGAACAGGACUCAUUCUUGAUAGACUCUGCAGGGUGAUCUUUGAAAGAGAAUAUUUACCCAAAGCUAAAGGAAAACUCAUAAAACUGUUGGAAGUGUCACCAUUUUCAGGCUUUGCGGCCUUAAUAUAUAGAAUAUGCUCUUUAUUGUUACCUUGAAUAUUUAAUAUAUUACACAGGAAUAUUCAAAACCCUUCUCUGAUCUGCACUGUACCCUGGUUAUCAUAGUACUAGCCUGACUAGUUUCACACAAAACCUGUCAAGAUUGUUUUUGGGUCAUAUUUAACCUCAAAAUCAAAAUAAAGAAUUCAUUACAUUUGGGAUAAAGAAAAUAAAGCCUGUUUUUGGACCAGAACAAUUAUUUAUUUAUUUUUACAUUUGGAAAUUAUUUUCAUGACAAUGAAGCACAUUUCUCCCCAAAAUUAUCAUUACCAUAAUGCUAAAAAUAAUGACAUAUUAUUUAAAUAGGAAAUAAGUAGUAAUAAUAAAUUACUGUAUUGUAGCAGUUGGAAUCACCAUUGAGAAUAAUUGGAAUUACUCAAAAGUAAAAUGUCACAUGGACACUUUAUGGUAACGAGAAUUAGAGGGGAAAUUAAAAUGAUGUUGCGAUGCAAAAAAAAAAAAAAAAAUACAUAUAUAUCCAAAUUUUCUUCAUGCAAAAAGAUAAUUGCAAAAUACAUUUUUUCUUUUCUAUAAAUGUUUAGGUGAAAUGUGACCCGGACAUGUUUUCGACUAUUGAAUAUUGCUUAGUUUACAAUGUGAAUGACAGCUUUGAUGCUAAGGUGGUUUUAACUACUUAAGCUGUUCGGAUUUCUUCCUAAUAACUUUGUGCCAAAAGUUUGUUAUUUAAUAAUCUUUUCUUCGAGUGUGCACUAAUCUAGUGAACUUUAUAAUUGUGGUCGCUGUACGUGUCGCUUUGAUUGUUUUCUGUUGUUGUACAGUAUGUACAUUUGUGAUAUUUAUGUAGAUUUUGCACAUUUUCUAAAGACACUGUCCUCAUUGUUGAAUGGUCAUCUACACUCAUAAAGGUGUUUUUCUUCAGUUUUAGACAUUAGAAUGUGUUGCCUGAGGCCAAAGAAAGCAGCACAGAUUUAUACAUGUUACCAGCUAAAACUUGCAUUUGCAAGUUCAUUGUUUUGUGUUGUUAAAUGUCUUAAUUUGCGUUCAAGUGCAUUUUUGCUCACUUAGAUUUUUUUUAUAUCACUUUCUUUUUUUUUCUAGCAUUUUUAUUUUUAUUUUUUAUUUUUUGUGUUACAGUUUUGCCAUUUUUAACAUAAUCAUAUUUGAUUUAAAGCCAAAUAUUUCUUCCAGUUGGACAAUAGUGUUUUCCCCCCCCAAUAAAAUAUGUCUGUGAAAAUGAUAAGCAACUGUCUUUAGUCCUUGUUCUGUUGCACACAGUUUUCUGUCAUGUAUUGACGUAUUUCCUAUUAAAACAUGAAGCUUGGACAGGACACGUUGAAAGGAUCUUUGAUUGUAU